AUGGCUCCGAGCAGAGGUCAACGUAGUACCAGGGCGACUAACGGUCGAGAAAACAACACCACGGAAGCCGACGUCUAUAAAGAUCUGCUGGCCGAGGCCGCUGUCGUCGACCCUGUCCAGGAUGCAGACCGACCCUUGAAGCGGCGGCGUGUCACGAAGUCAGUGAACCGGAGCAGUCCGCAGUCCUUACAGGACAGCGCGGGCAAUCCGAGCGUUGUAGCCACGCCUCAAGCCAGUAGCGUCAACGGAGCGAGACCGACUGCGCUCUCUAAUUGCCGGCAAACGAUCGAAGCUUCAUCGGGUGACUCGGAUGAAAGCGAUUUCGGUUUUGAAGAUAUCGAUCUCGACCAGCCCACCGCCUCCGGCGAUGCAGCUCAACCAGACGAUGGCUUGGCCGACGUUUCCAUUUCUGUCGACAAGCCGGAGACUCCGAACAUUCGGUCAUCGACCACGCGUAAGCCUAUCUCCUCCGCAGAAAAGGCGCUCCGGCUAUUGGUUCAUAAGCUGCAUGUUCUCUGUCUACUCGGCCAUUGCAUCUACGUCAACAGCUGGUGUAACGAUGAGGUCGUGCAUGGUAACCUCGAGCUUCUCCUCUCGGAGAAGGUCAAGAUCUACCUUCGUGCUAAUACUCGGGAGUCACAGUUCGAUCGUAACAGGAUGUUCAUGGAGGGCCUGCAGCAAGCUACUGCAGAUUUUCGAACUCGCUUCAAAGUUACUGCAUCCGGCAUGCGGAAAGCAAAGUGGCUAGCUGAUGGCGAGCCGCCAACCCAGACGGAUGUCAACCCCAUGGACCGGGCAGAUUUUAUAAGAGCGUCCAAGAAGCUCGAAGGCUCGCAAGACACUGGCAACCAGCUAUUCUGCGCGUUACUUCGAGCAGUUGGCGUCGGAGCAAGGCUCGUCUGCUCGCUCCAGUGCCUGCCGUUCAACACGUCUACGACUAAAGCCACGCCGCAGAAAGUAGUCAAGCCAACCAUCUUCAUCAAUCCUAUGGACUCAGAUAGGGAUCGCAGCGAUGUCAGUGCAGACGAUAUCUCGGUCAAGUCGUCUUCGACCGUUGGCAAGGUUCCUUCGGUGCGCAGACGGCUCGGUCAACCAAGCUUUGCGUCUGCUUCUAUGCCAGCAACACCUCCUCGGGAGAUGAAGAAGCCCGUGGUCAAACUGAGCUACCCGGUCUUCUGGGUGGAAGCCUUCAAUGCCGCACACCAGAAGUGGGUGCCUGUUGAUCCUGUUGUGACCGAGUCCUUCAACAAGCCUAGCAAGAUCGAGCCUCCGGCCUCAUACAAUCUCAACCAGCUAAGCUACGCCGUUGCUUUCGAAGCUGAUGGUGCGGCUAGGGAUGUCACUCGCCGCUACGCCAGGGCAUACAAUGCCAAGACCCGUCGUCAGCGUCUUGAGGCCACAGAAGGCGGGUUAGACUGGCUGAAGAAGACCCUUCGCUUCUUUCGCCGUCGAGGUGCGCCAUCAGAUCGCGAGCAGGUGGAGGAUGCAGAGCUGGCGCAAAGGGAGGCACGAGAAGGUCUACCGAAGAAUGUUCAGGACUUCAAAGAUCAUCCAUUGUAUGCUCUGGAACGCCAUCUACGACGACAUGAGGUCGUGCAUCCACGGAGAGAGGUUGGCAAGGUGAACGCGGGAACGGCGGCGAAACCGAGGAUGGAGAGUGUCUUUCGGCGGAAGGAUGUGCUGCUUUGCAGAAGUGCAGAUAAGUGGUACCGGCUUGGAAGAGAGGUAAAGGAGGGCGAGCAGCCGCUGAAGCAUGUCGUGACCAGACGCACGGCUAGAGCAAGAGGUGCUUCUCCUGCAGACGAGGAGGUCGACGACCACAGUACGUCCACGGCAAUCUACGCGUACAGCCAGACCGAGCUAUACGUGCCACCACCGGUCGUGCGUGGCCGCGUGCCACGAAAUGCAUAUGGGAACCUGGACAUCUACGUACCGUCCAUGGUACCGGCCGGCGGCGUGCACAUCCGCCACCCGGCAACCGCAAAUGCUGCCCGGGUCUUACGCAUCGACUACGCGGACGCAGUGGUAGGCUUCACCUUCAAGGGCCGACAGGGCACUGCGGUUGUGGAGGGAGCAGUGGUAGCCGAGCAACAUGCGGACGCCGUCAGAGCGGCGAUAGAGGGUUUGGAGGCAGACAGGGAGAUGGAAGAGUGCAAGAAGCGGAGUAUGGUGGCGUUGACGGUGUGGGCUAGGUGGGUGAAGGGUCUGCGCAUCAAGGAGAGGGUUGAGGGGUAUGGAGAUGUUUCCGCGAACGUGGGGAAGGUUUUAGAUGAAGGUGAAGGAGCACUAUCGGAAGAUGUUGCUGCUGCUUUCGAAGGGAAUGAUGAUAGGCCGUUGCUAAGUGCGGGCAUGUUCUCUAUCGAAGAGCUCAGUCGGUCCACCAAGGCCACACCAAAGCGAAGAGCUAAGCUCGAGGAGAGCGAUGAGGAGGAGCUUGAUGGUGGCUUCGACCACUCCACUCCGGAGCCCGCCGCCUCUCCUCCGAGACGGGUGCUUCGAAGCCGCCGCAGGAUCGUGGAGGAUGUGGGAGACGAAAACGUUGCGGGUGAAGACGGUGGUGGUGGUGGUGGCUUCGUCGCGGAAGAUGCAGUGGACGAUGACGAUGGUGGCGAUGGUGGCUUUAUACCCGACCAUGAACCAGUACAGGACCUAAAUGAUCACGUGACGGCUGAGUGUUCGCCAGAGGCAUGGGAAUAUGGUGGCGGCGGCUUCAUGGCGGAGGAUGCUGCCGCAGAGCACGGCGAGCCCUUUCCCGCACCAGAGAAUGCUCUGCAGAGCAACGGCCUCCCGCAAAACGACGCAAUGGCCAUGGGCGAUAUCACUCAGGAUGUGGAGACUCUACCAUCAAACGAAGGGAAUGAUGACCGAGAUACAGUCACUUCUUUGGGAAGUGGCAUCGUUGGGACUGCCGCGGAUGAGCAGGCCAUCAUCCCCACUGUGUCAAUCGGUGAUAGCCUCACGCACUGCGUAGAUGCAACAUCCGAAGCGGCAGCACAGUACCAAGCGGACUCCAGCAUACCUGGCAAUGCUUUCCAUGAUGCUCAAGCGGACGAAGCGAGCCUUACAGUCUCGGAUGCGAGACCUACGAGACCACAGGGUGUCGCCCAUGGGAUUGCACAUACUGCUGCCUCUGAUGAGCACAGUGAUAAAGGCUCCCUGUUGUCUCACGAUCCAGAAGAUGAAGACGCGGAGCCGGAUUGGUUGGAUAGCGACUGA